AUGGGAAAACAUAAAAAACGUACACGCAGCGAAGACAGGAAGGAGGAAACGAAGAAAUUACGGCGUGAAUUGAGAGACCUGAAAGAUUUGGUGAUGCAGUGUCUGGCAGCGAAAUCCAGAGAUGAUGCGUCCAACAGGGACGCCUACGACAGUGAUGACAGUAUCAGCGAAGAAGAUCCCCCAAGCGAUGUGGACAGUCAGGAUAUACGAGGAGAUGUAAGGGACCCAGAAGCGCCACAGACCCCUGAGACAGGGGCUAAAAAAGGAUCACCAGACCGGCCUGGAGACACAGGCAGCGCGCCAGAAACAACUUCUCAGGCUGCACCGGCUCAGCAGGAGGAUACAACAACUGGGACCAAAACUCCCACGGAAUCCGUUAGUCAGAAGAAUAAAGAGCCCGAAGGAGCCCCAAGCCUAAAUGAAGAAGUUAUAAAAAUAAUUGUCCGGUGGGAUGCGUGGCUGAAAUCCGGACUAAAGAAAGAAGAAAAGGACGAACUGUUGAAAAAUUAUCCUCGAGGAGGAUCCUGUCUCUUAGAAGCGCCAAUCCUGAACCCGGAAAUAGCAUCCACCUUAAACGAAUCGGCGCCGAAGCGAGACAAGUAUUUCUGUGCUACCCAGAAACUAGCAGGAUCCAGCCUUUCAGCCCUGGCGCCGGCUAUUACCCUGCCCUUGGAGAAUGAAACAGUUGACUCGAAGACAAUUCUGACUAACAUCUGGGAUGCAGCAAAAAUUCUGGCAGAGCUUCAUCAUUCACAAUCCGUAGCUCGCCGAGCGUAUAUUUUACCAAGUCUCACAAAACAGGUAGCGUCCUCGCUAGAGGAAAGGACGAGACUUAAAAAUCCAAAGUGCGAAGAAACCUGUCCCAGCCAGUUCGGGAAACUGGAGCGGCCCGUCAGCAAUUCGAAGACCGACCACCUUGACGGGCCAGAGAUUCAAAUUUCAGAAGUCGGCAAUAGCCCAGAGGAUACCAUCGAGACAGUCCAACCAGAGCAAAACGAGCCAGAUCCAGAAUCAGGCUUAUCGUCGUCGGCACUCGUACAACAGCAGCAGCACCAGCAGCAGAUCGAGGACUCAUUGAGUGACCAGCAAAUACAGCGGCACGGCACAUCCACUGAACAAAAACCUUACCCUGGUGGCCGCGAAAUUAUCCGGCAGGCGCUGUUAAAUAAGAACACAUCGGAGGAAUCCGCUGAAAUCAUGAUCGCGUCAGUGGAAAACUCAACUCUCAAGCAAUAUGAAUCUUCGUAUAAACUUUGGUGGGAAUUUAAUCAAGAGACCCAGUCUGACCCUUUCAGCAUCACAGCCAAAAAAGUGCUAUCUUUCUUGACGAAAAGAUUCCAAGAUGGUGCCAGCUACGGAACCAUCAACUCUGGAAAAGCGGCGCUAGCACUGAUAGCGAGAGAGGAAAUCGCUAACUCCGAUCUCAUCAACAGGUUUAUGCGAGGCGUAUACAAGAAGAGACCUGGCCGACCUAGGUACGACACAAUCUGGGAUGUAGACCCAGUGCUGGAUAAACUUGCGGAGUGGUAUCCCCUCGAACCUCUCAAACUAAAAAAGGUCACCAAAAAACUAGUACUACUCUUAGCACUAGGAACAGCACAUCGUAUUCAGACGCUAGCCGCUAUAAAAAUAAGUAACAUAAUAGAGACUCAAAAAGGUCUGGAAAUAAAGAUUCCGGAACACAUAAAAACAUCCAGGGCAGGAGCCGUUCAGCCCCUGCUAAAACUACCGUUCUUCGAACACAAACCUGGACUAUGCAUCGCAAGAACUUUGCUACAUUACUUAACAAUAACUAAAGACUUAAGAGGAAAAGAAGACUACUUGCUGAUAUCUUUCCAAAAACCACAUGCAAAAGUCUCAAGAGACACCAUUGGGCGAUGGAUAAAAAGUACGCUUAAAGAACUCGGAGUAGACGAGCGAUAUACUGCCCACAGUACACGACAUGCUGCGACGUCGAAGGCGGCCGAGAAAGGUGUCAACAUAGACGAAAUAAAAAGAAUCGCGGGAUGGUCCCAGAAAUCGAAGGUCUUCGCGGAUUUCUACAACCUCCCGAUCAAGAUCCAAGACGACGACUUCGCGAAGAGGGUCAUGUUGACAUAAAAACAAAAAAUUUUUAAUAGACUCUAAAAGUCCACAUUGUAAUCUCAAAGGGCGAGAC